AUGUCUCUCACAGAAGGAGAGCAGCCAUGGACCCUCCAUGCUGGGCUCUAUACGAGACCUCUGUAUGGAUCAGAAUUGUCGCACAAUAUUCUUUCUGAAUUGUUAGACGGCGGAAAUGAAUAUUGCAUGGGAGUGUCCUUUACAUGCACUAUACCUCUGCACGUCCUAGUGCCGUCUAUCCGUAACGCACUGUGCUUCCUAAGAUUUUACUCUCCGCUUCUAGCAGCGAGCAUUGAGAAACACGAUCCGAAUCCGGCCAUUCCUAUGGCAAGGUCUUGGUCUUAUAAACCUGUUUGCACUCUUGAAGAUGCAAAGACAUGGGCGGAAGCAAGCCUCACGGUGCACAGAGCAUCAAUAUCCGACGACGAUUUUGUCCUUUCGAUGAACCAAAUCCGAUUGCCUUACACAGAUCGUGGCGAGCUCAUCGACAAGCAGCAUUUUGGUUGCCACCUUGUUCUACGCGCCAGUGGGGUGCACUCGAUUUUUUUCCACACGGCCCAUUGUCUUGCGGAUGGUUUCACUUCAUACAAUGCGCUCUAUCGCAUUUUUGACCUUAUUUCCACCGAUGCUCAUACAUCAAUCGACACCCUUGAUUGGGGGCAAGAGUGGCGAAACCUUCCCGUCGGUCCUAUCACUGCUACUGGGGGUCCAAAGGACGGGUGGGAAAGUGAAGUAGAGGCCUUGGAUGCUGCAGCACGGCAGGCAAUGGAAUAUCAGCAGUACUCAAAAGGUCUGGUAGCGCAACGAGAUCAUGUUCUUGUGCGAGGGAAAUCCGUCCGCAUCCACCGAGUAUUAGAUUCGAAAAUAUUCAAGGAAAUUCUCAACGCACUGGCGUUGACAGACUUCACUGUCACCCAGCUUCUUGAAGCAGCACAAGUACUUGCUGUUCUACAGGCACAUCAAUCAGAACUCCUUCGCGAGGACAAGGCAAACGUUAUCUUGGACUUCACAAUUAUAUCAUACCUACGAUUUCUGGUUCCGCCUUACAACGGUCGUUCACAUCAUGUCUCAUUUAUGUGCACGGUCCCCAUGGUCGUCUAUGCGACCGAUGUGCCUUGGAACGAAAGUUCAAAAGCACAAUUACUUGCGGUCAUGGCGAGGCUGAGGGAGCAAUACGCGAUCCGGUUGUCUAACAAGCAUCUUCCUCAUAUCGGAUCCAGCCAAAACUUCCAGGAGAAUCCAAAUGCUCUCAUGAUCACCAACCUCCAAAAGGUCGAGGAUAGGCUGCCUCUCAAUUGGCCCUUGGGCUCUCACAACCCAACAGUGCAAAUUUCAGACAUGAGGAUUGGGCUCAGAUUGACAGACUUGGAUCGUCCAAUGACGCAUAUCUGGUCCUUACGUUCUGAAUUACACAUUCAUCUGGCUGCCUGCGAUUUGUAUGAUAAAUCGUACUUGGACAAUUUCGUGGAUAACAUGAUUGCCAUUGCGCUAUCGAUCAUUGAUCGAGACGCUUGAUAGACUCCAUAGUGAAGUCCAAUGUCGACUGUGAGAUUGGUCCUAAUAAUCGACCGGGGCAUAGGAUUUGUGAAUUUGUGGAUGCAGGUAAGGGAAUCAUCCCCGGACUCAGAGGGGC